GCCACAAACAAAACAGGAAUUGCUCCAAUUUCCGCAGUUGACGGCAAAAGAAGACCAAAAUCCCGUUCAUUUUCUACGGGAAACAGUAAUUGGCCUUGUUACUUGGGUGAAUUUAAAUUAUAUUGAGUCGAGCGUAAUUGACAUAUUCACACCAGUUUGUUCAAGAUGAAGCUGGCCGCAAUCGCAUUCAGUAUCCCCGAACCAGCUUGCUUUCCUAGGGACGAUACGAUUUUGUUCAAAACAAAGCCCGGUUUCUACGAGCCUGAUCCUUUUCGCCGUAUUGUCGAGUCCGUCCAGCGUAACUGUUCCUAUGUUUCUAAGAUUCUCCCAGGAAUAAACAUGCAAUUGCAUCAAAAGCAUGAAGAACACACGUUUGACCAGAAUAGUACGCAUUCAAUUGUCGUUUCAGGUGUUGGUGAUAACGACUCCCUCAUUACUGCAAAAUCGUUUAUCCUCAAUCGUAUCCCAAGUCUGUUGGCACAUUACUCUCCUCUGCCCAACAAGGACAUUAGUUUAGUGUUUUCCGAAACCGAUCAUCCUUAUGAAAGCGUGACGCAACGACUUAAUUCUAUUGCAGCCUCGACGGGCGCACAGAUUUUUGUUACGAAAAGAGUUUAUGCCGAUUCAGGUAUUAGCCUCAAUGGGAAUCGUGCAGACCACCAACGAAAAUCUAGUCUCAAUUCCUUAAGCUCGGAAGAAAGCACGAACAAUGAGACCAGUAUCUACAGUUUUUGUUUCUUUGGGGACUAUACAAGCUUAGAGCAUGCACGAAUUCGUACUCUUGCCAUGCUCGAUGAAGCAAGAGGUGCAGCCGUUCUGUCCAUUCCCAUAUCCAUUUCCUUCCAACCGAUUCUUGUUGGUACAGGUCAGGUGCAACAGGAAACAGUUGGCGUGAAAACGUAUACUCUUCCAUUCUGCGCCGAGCCCCUUCCACGUUCCAUUGAUUUACCCAAGCUCAAUUCUGCUCAGAUUAUUUUGACCGGUGAUGCACAGAAGAUUCGAAAGGCAAAAGAAAGAAUUCAGCAUGCAGAAGAGCAUCUGAAGAUAUUUACUCAGGUCAUGGAAAUUCAACCAGAGAAGAUUCGCUGGAUGUUGCUGUAUGCUAUCGACAAACUUCGACUGAUUAUGGAGGAAAACUCGGCAUUUGUUCGUUUCCCGGAUUAUUCCAUUCAGUCCUAUGAAAAGUGUGCAAAGAGUUCGUUUGUAAAGAUUUAUGCUUCUAGUUCGGUAAAUGCUGAGAAAACUGCCCUUCAAAUAGCCAAGCUUGUCGGUACCAUAUCUGUAGGAAAGUAUGCACUGCUUCCUCUAAAGAUGGGUCCGGUAAAGUUCGAACUAUUCCGCGAACUGAGUGCAAGCGACAUUGUUUCUGAAAAGUCUGGCUCUAGCCAAAGCAUCCAUUCACCCGAGCGCUUAAAAAUGAUGACGCCCGCACAUUGUCCAACAGCUGACGAAGUCAGCAAGUCGUUGCAAGAUGCUGAAUUGGCAAUGAUCCCCGACUUGAUUUCCCAUAUAGUUGGGCUGACCAUGUUGUAUGGCGUGGAUGCCAGUUUCAGUGACAAUUGUUUUACGCUGCUCGGUAGCAAUCACGAAGUGCAGUUGGGUCUGCGCAAACUGUCAUUGUUUAUGUUCACUCGUAGCUAUUCGCAUUGGUUUGAGAUACUGCUGGAGGCUCCCACGAAAGAUUUAGACUUCAUUGCUGGCAAGAAGAACGGAAAACUUGACAAGGUGAAGCAGACCUCGAGGCUGAAUCACAAGAACGGUGAUAUUGUUUUCCGUAAAAGCAUGACAGACACGUUCACCAUUGACAUAUAUGGUGAAGACUUGGAGAGAGUGAUUAAAGGAAUGGACACAAUCAUGCUUGAGUUUCCUGCGGAGAUGUUGUUUUAUAUUCCCGAGGGCAUUCACAAGAAAUUGAUUGGAUUCCGAGGAGAACAGAUUCAGCGUGUUACCAAGUUGUAUAACAGCUACAUUGAGUUCUCAGCAACUCCUUUUGACUGCUACAAAAAUAAUGUUCUCAUUCGGACACCUGCAAAAUUCUCAGAGAACCUGUGGGCCGUCAGAUCAUUGUUUGUGAAGACCGCGGAAGGACUUGGCUACACACUGUAAUGCGUCUCAUCUGAAUUGUCACCUUUCACCAUACGAUGAACAUCGCUUCUCCGCGCGUGUCACGGGCCGACGACUUUUCGCGAUAACCGUCCCAGCAUGUUUAUCGGCUCACCGUUGCGAUUCGUAAUUCCUCUUCAACAGUUCAUCAACAGACAUGAAUUACUUGUCUAUUUUAUUUGUUAUAAUGACCCCAUUCGAAUGAGAAAUGCUGCUCUAUAUGUACUGUUCCGCAGCAGGUUCUUUAGAUAUAGUACCAAAAAAAAAAAAACUAAAUAUAAAUGAAAACUAAGACAAAAACGACCCUCUGUAUAAUGAACUAGUAGCUGUUUUUGGUGGAAGUGCGACAUGAGUUGUAUUUGCCGUGU